AUGGCGACGACAAGCUCUACUGCACAGUCGGAUGUGCUGGGCGCCAUCUUCAAGUCGUUACGCGACAAGAGUCCGGAAGUUCGAUUACAAGCAGCCAUCGAGCUACAACAUUAUGUUUCUACGACUGUUGCAGAACUUCCAUCUGAUGUUGCCUCCAAACUCUGGGACGAUGACAUCAACAAGCGCCUCUUCGAAUUAGUCCACAGUCAGAUCAACGCGGAAAAGCUUGGUGGAAUCACCGCGAUUGACCAGCUGCUUUCUGUGGACACCGAAGAGACGCUCGAGUCAAAGCGGAAUCUCUUCCGAUUCUAUAACUAUGCGCGGUCGCUGGUACCCGAUCCAGACAUCAACAUCAUGCUCGCCGCCUCGAAAACGCUAGGUCACAUCGCUCAGCUUGGUGGUGCCGCCUUCGGCGAUCGGUUUAUGGACUUCGAAGUCCAGUCUGCCAUCGGUCUCUUGUCUGGCGCCGAAACGAACAGAUAUGCCGGUGUGCUGAUCCUCAAGGAGCUCGCCAAACACAGCCCGAACUACUUCCAUCCGCACAUCGGACUGGUUUUCGAGAAGAUCCUUGUGCCACUCAGAGACGCGCGGGUUAUUGUUCGCGAGGGCGCCGCCGAGCUUCUGGCAGCCUGCCUGGAGAUCGUCUCUCAACGGGAGAGGAACCAACCAAGCCUCUAUCUUCAGCGAAUUCUUGCUGAUGCGCAGAAUGGCCUCAAGAUGACGCCGCCCGAGAUCAUACACGGCUCGUUGCUCACUCUGAGGGAGCUGCUCCUACAUGGGGGUAUGUUCAUGAAGGAUCACUACGUCGACACCGCGGAACGCAUCAUGACAUUCAAAAAUCACCGUGACAUAGUUGUGCGCAAGAUGGUCAUUACCCUCAUCCCAACGCUCGCUGCCUAUGACGCGCAAACCUUCGUGGAACGCCAUCUUCACCACGCUGUGGCGCACCUGCUUGCGCAGCUGGAGAAACCUCAAGAGCGGAACUUCGGUUUCAUUGCCAUUGGCCACGUGGCCACCGCUGUUGGUAGUGACAUGAAACUGUUUCUUGAACCGAUAAUGGCGCAAAUCAAGAGUGGCCUGCUCUUGAGAGGGAAGAAGAACGCGCCCGCGGAGGAACCCAUGUUCCAGUGCAUCGGCAUGCUUGCAGCCGCAGUGGGGCCCAAUCUGACGAAACUACUACAUGACCAACUUGAUCUCAUGUUUGCUUGUGGGCUGAGCGAGCCGUUGAGGCAAGCUCUGGUCGCCAUAGCCAGGCAUAUACAGCCUCUGCUCAAGACAAUACAAGAGCGCCUGCUGGACAUGCUGUCCCUAAUUCUCAGUGGCCAACCUUACAAACCACUGGGGGCACCAUCAUCCUUUGUCCGGGGAGAAAUCUCGUCUUUGGUCAAGGAAUACAAUAUUGGACAAGGACCCGACGGGUCCAAAAGCCCCGAACUUAUCACCUUGGCCUUGGAAACACUUGGCACAUUUGACUUCAGCGGUUACGUUCUUAACGAAGUUGUGCGAACGUGUGCUCUGCCGUAUCUGGAUGACGACCAUGCCGAAGUACGGCGCGCUGCCGCCCUCACCUGCUGCCAUUGCUUUGUGAGGGAUCCGAUAUGUUAUCAGUCGAGCAACCAUGCCAUUGAAGUCAUAACCGACGUUCUCGAUAAAUUGUUGACCGUGGGUAUCGCGGAUCCUGAUCCCGGUAUCAGGCAAACUGUCUUAUCGAACCUCCACGAACGCUUCGACAAGCACCUUGCUCAAGCCGAGAAUGUUCGAUCGCUGUUCAUCGCCCUCAAUGACGAGGUCUUCGAGAACAGACUCACUGCCGUGAGCCUCAUAGGCCGACUCGCCAUGCACAACCCCGCCUACGUCAUGCCGUCUCUACGGAAAACGUUAAUUCAACUUCUGACUGAGUUAGAAUACUCAACCGUACUACGCGGACGAGAAGAGUGCACUCUCCUGCUGACACGUCUCGUUGGGGCUACUAAACGGUUGAUCAAGCCCUACGCUGUGCCCAUGCUUCGCGUUUUACUUCAGAAAGCUGACGAUCAAAAUUCUGUCGUCGCGGCCAAUGUAUUGAUGUGCCUCGGCGAGCUGGCAGCUGCUGGCGGAGAAGAUGUCGUUCCACAGAUACCAGACCUCAUGCAGGUGAUCAUGACCCGCUUGGCGGACUCUGCACUGCAGAAACGGGACGCGGCUUUGAUUUCUCUCGGACAAGUGUGCUCUAGCACCGGUUAUGUUAUCGCGCCGCUUCUUGAUUAUCCGCAAUUGCUGCAACUUCUCGGGCGUAUCAUGAAAACCGAGUCGAACCAGCUGAUGCGUCGGGAGGUCAUUCGGGUGCUCGGUAUCCUCGGUGCUUUGGAUCCCUACAAACGGAAGCACAAGUCAAUUGACGAUGGCAACGAAAGCGGCAAUAAUGACAACUCGGCGACUCUGACUCCCGCCUUCAUGUCGACCUCUUCAGAUGAUUACUACCAGACUGUAGUGAUUCGAUCGCUCCUGGGGGUUCUCAGAGAUUCCUCCCUCAGUGCGCAGCACCAUACAGUCAUCGAGGCUAUAAUGGCUAUCUUCAAGACGCAAGGUCUGAAAUGCGUUACGUUCUUACCCGAAAUCAUUCCGGCAUUUGCGAUGGUGGCGCGCAAUUCUAAUGCGCGUUUGCAAGAGUUUCAUCUUCAGCAGCUUGCGAUCUUGAUUGACAUCAUCAAGCAACACGUCCGUGUCUACAUGCCUGACAUUGUCGCGCUCAUCACGGAAUUGUGGGAGAACUCUGCCUUGCAUCUGCCGAUUGUCUCGCUCGUCGAGUCCCUCGGUAGGGCACUGGACGCUGAAUUCAAGCCGUUCCUGCCGACCAUUUUGCCGCUCGCGCUGAAGGUGUUCGAUGGCGGGCCUCUGAACGACAAACGUAUGAACACCCAGAUCAAAAUUUUUGACGCCAUCCUCACUUUCGGCUCCAACGUGGAGGAAUAUCUGCACCUCGUGAUACCCACCAUCGUGAAGACCUGCGAGCGGGAGGGAGCAAGCAUAGCUUUACGCAAGCGCGCCGUUCAGACGAUCGAUGGCUUAUCCAGGAAGGUGAACUUUUCCGACCAUGCCUCCCGUAUCGUACAUCCACUUGUUCGAGUUCUUCGGACUGCAAACAACGAGCUGCGUAUGGCCGUGAUGGACACGCUUUGCUCGCUUCUCAUCCAGUUAGGCUCCGAUUUCGCGAUCUUCGUGCCGACGAUCAAUAAGACGAUGGUCAAUUAUCGAGUCAACUACAUCAAGUACGAGAAUCUUGUGUCGAAGCUUCUGAACGGCGAACGCCUUCCUCAGGAAGCUCCAGGCAUUGAACUUCUCUUCAGCGAUAGCUCUAAGACAGAGUUCACUGCACCUGCUGAACCCAGCAAGAUGACCGUGAACCAACAGCACUUGAAGCAGGCGUGGGAUGUCUCCCAGGUUGCAACGCGUGAGGAUUGGAACGAUUGGAUGCACCGUCUCGCCGUCGAGUUCAUGAAGGAAUCUCCUUCUCACGCCCUUCGUGCGUGUAUGACGCUAGUUGAUGCCCACCCUCCUCUCGCCAAAGAACUCUUCAAUGCUGCAUUCAUCUCGUGCUGGGGCGAGCUGUAUGACCAAUAUCAGGAGGACCUUGUCCGCGCCAUUGAGCUUGCGAUGGGAGCGCCCGAAGCGCCCUCGGAGCUUGUGCAUCGUUUGCUCAAUUUAGCAGAGUUCAUGGAGCAUGAAGAGAAACCCUUGCCCAUUGAACAUCGCACGCUCGGAGAGCAUGCGAUGAAGUAUCAUGCGUACGCGAAGGCUCUGCACUAUAAAGAGCUCGAGUUCUUCUCUGAAACGUCCCCCAACAUCAUCGAGGCAUUGAUUGGGAUUAAUCAGAAGUUGCAACAGCAUGAUGCGGCAUGGGGCACACUCAUCACGGCCAAAGAGACUUACGACGUUAGCAAGCAUGAGGAGUGGUACGAGAGGUUGGGUCGCUGGCAGGAGGCACUCGAGGCUUACGACCGCAAGGGAGAAGAAGAUCCUGACAACCGGGAAGUGCCGGCGGGUAAGAUGAGGUGUCUUCACGCCCUAGGGGAAUGGGAUGCACUCGCCAGCCAGGUCGAAGAACACUGGGAAGCUGCGAAUCCUGACGAACGCCGAGAUAUGGCGCCCAUGGCUGCCGCCGCUGCGUGGUGCCUGAAUGAGUGGGAGGAUAUGGACAAGUACAUUAGUUCGAUGAGAGUUGAUUCUCCAGAUCGAUCGUUCUAUCGUGCAAUCUUGGCCGUCCAUCAGAACCAAUUCCCGAAGGCGAUCACCCACAUUGCGAAGGCGAGAGACCUCCUGGACCCCGAACUCACGACUCUCGUCAACGAGAGCUAUGGCCGCUCGUACAAUAUCAUGGUUCGCGCUCAAAUGUUGUCAGAACUGGAGGAGAUCAUUGCGUACAAACAAUAUGCUGAUCAACCCGAGCGUCAAAAGACCAUGAAGACGACAUGGAUGAAGAGACUACAGGGUUGUCAGCCUCAGGUAGAAGUGUGGCAGCGUGUUCUACAAGUCAGGAGUUUGGUCCUUAGUCCAGAAGACGACCCUGUUGUGUGGAUCAAGUUUGCCAACCUCUGUCGUAAAUCCGAUCGCAUGGCUUUGGCCGAGAAGGCCAUCAACUCCCUAUUAUAUCGUGGAGCGCCCCCGGAUCAGAUACCACAGCUCCGAUACACGAAGGCCCCACCAAACGUGAUAUACGCCCAUCUCAAAUUUUCAUGGGCCACGGGUCAAAAUCGCGAAAGCCAUCUUGAGUACCUUCGGCAGUUCGCAGACAGCCUUACGAGGGAAUUGCAACCGCGGCCGAACGAGCGCGCCUCGUCGUUGUCAAAGGAGAAGUCAGAAGAAUUCUCGAAAUUGGUGGCUAGAUGUUACUAUAAGAUCGGCGAAUGGCAAACGGUGCUUGGAGAGGACUGGGGCUCGAGAAACACCAAGGAUAUCCUUCAUUCGUACCUGCUUGCCACCCGGUACGACCCGAAGUGGUAUAAAGCCUGGCAUACUUGGGCGCUUGCCAAUUUCGAGGUAAUCGGCCACCUUGAGAACCGCAGCGAGAUUAAGACGAGCGAUGUCUCUGGUACUUCGCUCGCAGCCCAUAUAGUGCAGUCCAUCCGAGGAUUUUUCCGCUCCAUCUCGCUACGCAAUGAGAAUGCGCUUCAAGACACCCUUCGUCUCUUGACCUUGUGGUUCAAGUUCGGCGUACACGAUGACGUCAGCCAUGCGAUGAGCGAAGGCUUUGCGACGGUAGAGGUCGACACGUGGUUAGAAGUGAUUCCGCAGAUCAUUGCGCGUAUCCAGACUCCGAGCACCAAUAUUCGGAGGAUUAUAACCAACCUGCUGGUGGAAGUUGGAAAGCAUCAUCCACAAGCCUUGGUUUACCCUUUGACCGUUGCCUCGAAAUCCUCAAGCGCUGCUCGCAGAGAUGCCGCCCUCGGGAUCAUGGAACGUAUGAGAGAACACAGUGCGACCAUAGUGGAACAGGCAUUGCUCGUUAGCCAGGAGUUAAUCCGAGUGGCGAUCCUUUGGCAUGAACUAUGGUUCGAAGGUCUCGAAGAAGCAUCUCGGUUGUAUUUCACUGAGAAGAACCCUGAUGCCAUGAUUGCCUGUCUCGAACCGCUGCAUGAUCUGUUGGAAGCCGGGCCAACGACUGCAAGGGAAACAUCUUUCGCGCAGGUAUUCGGCCGGGACUUGCAUGAAGCUCGCGAAGCUUGUCGCCGAUACCGUGUAUAUGGGGAAACCAGUGAGCUUGAAAGGGCUUGGGAUACCUACUAUGGGGUGUUUAAGAAGAUUGAGAAGCAACUACCUCAACUGACGACGCUGGACUUACAAUACGUGUCUCCCGAACUACUCAAGGCUCGGAAUUUGGACCUCGCCGUACCGGGCACUUACCAAAGCGGGCGCCCUAUCGUCAAGAUUACCAGUUUUGCAUCCAAGCUGACGGUGAUCUCGUCCAAGCAGCGACCACGCCGCUUGCGCCUCAGAGGCAGCGAUGGGCGAGACUAUCAAUAUCUCCUCAAAGGUCACGAGGAUCUUCGGCAAGACGAGCGCGUGAUGCAACUGUUCAGUCUCGUCAACGGACUCCUUGCUGUAGAUACGGACAGCUUCAAACGACGACUCCAUAUCCAACGAUACCCCGUUAUUCCUCUGGCUCCCAAUGCUGGUCUGAUCGGUUGGGUGCCGGACAGUGACACGUUGCACGUGCUUGUGCGAGACUACCGCGACUCUCGCAAGGUGCUACUCAACAUCGAGUAUCGACUCAUGCUCCAGAUGGCGCCGGACUAUGAGAACUUGAUCUUGUUACAGAAGGUGGAAGUAUUCGAAUACGCUCUGGAGAACACCACAGGACAGGAUCUCUACCGAGUGCUUUGGCUCAAGUCGAACAACUCGGAGCACUGGCUGGAGCGACGAGCGACGUACACACGAUCCCUUGCGGUCAACAGCAUGGUCGGCCACAUCCUGGGCUUGGGCGACAGGCAUCCGAGCAACUUGCUUCUGGAGCGCUCCACCGGGAAGGUGGUCCACAUCGACUUUGGCGACUGCUUCGAGGUCGCGAUGCACCGAGAGAAAUUUCCCGAGAAGAUUCCGUUCCGGUUGACGAGAAUGCUGACUCAUGCUAUGGAGGUCAGCGGUAUAGAGGGUAGCUUCAGGAAUACAUGCGAGAUCUCCAUGAAGGUUCUCCGCGACAACAAGGAGUCCCUCAUGGCUGUCUUAGAGGCCUUUGUGUACGAUCCCUUGAUCAACUGGAGAUUGAUGCAGCAUGACGUGGACGCUCGCCGUCACGACGAUCCGGACGCCACUCGAAACGCGGAGCUUAAAGCCGCUGCCUUCCCUCAAGGACCAACGAGGAAACUUAAGGCCAACGAGAAUGAGAUUUUCAACGAAAACGUCGGAGAAGGUGUUAAACAGGAAGUGCGAAAUGAACGCGCUCUAUUCGUGUACAACCGCGUACAACAGAAGCUGACAGGUCGAGAUUUCGAUCCGGAAGUCGCGCUCGACGUCCCCGCACAAGUGGAUAAGUUGAUACUGCAGGCGACCUCGCUUGAGAACUUGUGCCAAUGUUUCUCUGGAUGGUGUGCGUUCUGGUGAACUCAGUCGGUGUCUGGUCCCCGUACUCUCCGUGUGCUGUUCUUGUAACUUAUUAUUACGCAUGUCAGCCAUCUGCUUUCCCAUGUAUCAUAGACAGAAUAUUAUCGGAUUAGUCACGCUCGUUCCGACUUCACGAAGCUGUCAAGAGCCACAGUACAACAAUAAUAUAUACGACGGAAGCACCCUUGAAAAUGUGGAGGUAUCACGACUGAAACUUGACCAGACUACAGAGGAGGUCAGCUCCUGAGACGAUACGACAUCGGAAAACAGGCUGAAAUCCUUGAGGAGGGUCCGGGUGGCAAAUCGCACCUCGGGAUCAAACUUCUGGCUUCAUCCACGUCUGCCGGGCAGAGAUUAGCCAGCUGGGCGAUCUCAAACUGAGAUAGGCCGGCGUCACGGCUUGCAAGCACGCUUCGAACGCUCGACGCCGAGUCGGCAGAUGUGUACCGAGAGAAUGUACGGACGUAUUCCAGCGUCUUGUUGUAUACCGCAUUGUCAGUGUUGUCUCGGUCCUUGUGUUCCAACAGGUAUUUGACUUCGGAGAUGAGCAGGCAACCGGCGGACGCAAACUCAGAGCCGAGUUUGAGUGCCGCUGCGUCCUCCUCCUCCUGCUGGGCUCUGUGCCGAGGCAUAUUGAUACAAGAACAGCCUGAGCUUAGCCAGAGAACUUGGCUUCGAGCAAGG